AUGCAGAUCUGUGGACCCAGAGUGACAUCUGUAGUAGCUGAGAAGUAUUUCUAAGCUCUUGGCCCGAUGUCUUGGCAGCUCCUUGACCUGAAGAUGGCACCCAGGGUGAUGUGGGGCAGCCUCAGCCUGCUCCGCCUGUUGUGGUGUCUCCUUCCACAGACAGGCUACGUGCACCCAGAUGAGUUCUUCCAGUCGCCCGAGGUCAUGGCAGAGGACAUCCUGGGCAUCGAGGGCGCCCGGCCGUGGGAGUUCCAUCCCAGCAGCUCCUGCCGCACGGUGGUCUUCCCACUGCUGACCUCUGGCUUUGCCUUCUGGCUGCUCAAGCUCUGGAAAGAACUGGGCCCGUGGCCUGGCCUGGUAAGUGGCUAUAUGCUGCUGGUGGGGCCCCGGCUCCUCCUCACUGCCCUCUCCUUCGCCCUGGACGUGGCCAUAUACCACCUGGCCCCGCUGUGGAGGGCGGAGCGCUGGAACGCCCUGGUCUUGCUGUCUGGUUCCUAUGUCACCCUGGUCUUCUACACAAGGACCUUCUCCAACGCCAUCGAGGGGCUGCUCUUUGCAUGGCUGCUGGUGUUGGUAUCGCCCCGGGUAGCUCGGAGCCCCGCACCCAAGAAGCCUGCUCCAGGCUCGUGGUGGCACAGCUGGCUUCUCGGGAGCAUCCUGGCGGCUGGCUUCUUCAACCGGCCCACCUUUCUGGCCUUUGCUCUGGUUCCUGUGUUCCUCUGGGGCGUUCGCGGAGCCACAGACUCUGCCUUCAAGUCACUGACCAGGGCAGCCCUGGGGCUUCUGCCAGGAGCGACCCUCACGGCAGCGGUGUUCGUGGUCGUGGACAGCUGGUAUUUCUCCAGUCCGUUUACUGACCGACCCAACACCCUUGUCCUGACACCUGCCAACUUCUUGCAGUACAACCUGGAUCCUCAAAACCUGGAGAGGCACGGCACACAUCUGCGGCUCACGCACCUGGCACUCAACGGCUUCCUGCUCUUUGGGAUGCUGCAUGCCCAGGCCCUGCGGGCUGGGUGGCAGCAGCUGCGAGUCUGCCUCCGGGCCUUGGCACAAAUGCGCUCCCUGAGGGUGUGGGAUGCCCAGAGACUGCUGCCCGGCCCCAGCUCUCACCUCCUGUUCCUCUACUUCACGCCCCUGGCACUGCUGUCUGCUUUUAGCCACCAGGAGGCUCGGUUCCUGAUCCCCCUGAUCGUCCCCCUGGUCCUGCUUUGUAGUCCGCAGACCCAACCUGUGCCCUGCAAGGGCACCCUGGUCCUCUUCAAUGCCCUGGGCGCCCUCUUCUUCGGCUGCCUGCACCAGGGGGGCCUCGUGCCUAGCCUGGAGCACCUGGAGCGGGUGGUUCAUGCACCCGUGGCCCCAAGCGUACCUACCCACUACACCCUCCUCUUCACCCACACCUAUAUGCCCCCGCGGCACCUCCUACACCUCCCAGCUCCGGGGUCACUCGUGGAGGUGAUGGAAAUGGGUGGGGCUGAGGAUCCGGUCCUGUGCCAAACCCUGAACAACUUCACCAGACAACCAGCCUGCCAGGCGGCCGGUGGGCCGUGGCUCUGCCGCCUUUUUGUGGUGACCCCUGGCACCACCCGGCCUGCCACGGAGAGCUGCCGCCUUCCCCUCAAGAGUGAGACACUUGUGUUUCCCCACCUGACCCUAGAGGACCCCCCAGCCAUGUCCUCCCUGCUGAGUGGGGCUUGGAGGGACCAUCUCAGCCUCCACAUCCUCGAGCUGGGGAAGAAGCCCAAGACAGGGAGUCCGCGCGGCCGUGGUUGAAGGCCCCCUCCGCCUGCUCUGUGGGAAGCUGGGCUGGGACAGUCUGACGCUCUUCCUUCCCCUUCCCUCCCAGCGCUCGCACCACUGCCUCUCCUGUUCGCAGCCCUGGCUUUACUUUCUGGGUAAUCUGGCACCCUCAUCCCCUCAAAGACCAAAGAUCUGACCAGCCACAGUCCUGAUGCCAAGGUCCUGAUGCCCCAAAGAAUCUGGCAUAACCAACUGGUCCCUGGCGUUGGUCCCUGCCCUAUUCCUCCCAGAAACUGUGAUGUUUUAAAUACAUAAUAGCACCUGGUUGUGAGGAGACAAUGAUCUGCUAAUGACAUUCUUGACGGAACUCCAAACCUUCCAGGAUGCCUUGCCUCUUGAUGUCAUGACAGCCCGUUGGCUUCCUAGACACCUGGAAGGAGGCAGUGUGGGGACGGAGAGGGGGUAGGUAGUGCAGAUUCAGGGGACCGGAGUUCUAGUGCCUGGUCUGCCCUUCACUGUGUGAUCUUAAGAAAGCUCCUUCCCCUCCCCCAGCCUGUGUCUAGCCUGUACAAUGGAUCAGAGCAUCUCUGAGGUGUCUGCCAGCUAACACUGUCAUCCCUGGGUCUGCAGCACAUGUCCCCUGGCUAGACAGGCAUGUCUCUCCCAAAGCUCUUUAAGCAUGGAAGUGAGUGUGGUGGUGUAUUUAAUUGCACUUUGGUGUCUUCUGUCUUAGUGUUAGUUUGUUGUUCUUUACAUUUAAAAAAUAUAUUUUUAUUGAUUUCAGAGAGGA